CGAUUCAUACAAUAGAAAAAUAACUUUGUGUUCAAUUAGCUAAACAGGCCCACAUUUUAGAAUGAGGUAGUAUAAUUGUGAGCAAAUUAAGGCUCAUUACUAUUUCAGUAUUCAUACCUUUUGUGACAAUUUUGUUUGGUGGUGUACUGUGAGUUUGGCUCAAUAAAGGUUGGGAAACACUGCACUAAAGUCACAUUUCAACACCCUAGAUUUGUCAGAUUUAGCAACUAAGAUGGUUGUGGUGGGUGGUUGUUUUUAGAGAAAGGUCAAUUGACAAAAUAAGCCACAGGCUCAAGUCACGGGCGACAUGUAGCGAAUGCCUCGCAUGAAAUACAGGAAGACCGGUUUUCUAUUUCAAGAUUAUGCUGAGCAGGAAAACUCGAGUGAACGUGUUUACAAGGUGACAAGCAGAGCAGAGGAGAGACAGGGAAGCAAAAACUCCAUCAAGAAGGUUCAAUGAUGGAGGAUUUGACAGGUGACGACGAUGAUGACGCAGAGAUGGAAGUUCUGACGCCCAAUGACAUCACCGAGCCAGACCAGGAUCCCGGCGAUGAAGUGGAGAACCUCCAAAACAGUUUACGCAAAGUCAUCCAUGAUGACAACGUCCGUCCAAAGCUGCAGUGUCUGGUCAUGGACACCUCCUUCUCCAUGGUGACCAUGCAAGGUGAGGACAGCGGGAUCGCCUGGGUGACCACCCCAAGUUGCUGCUCCACGUCCUGGGCACCUGAAGCUGGGGAACCCACCAAAGAACUUGGCCCUCAAGCUCCAGCGAGUGCAUGCGUAACUGGUUCUAAUCCAGCAGGAAGGAUUAUCUUCGUUAUGGAUGAGGAGUUGCUGUCAGGGCGGAAGAAAACUAAAAGAGAAAGACAAAAAAAAGAGAGAAUUGACAUCUCGGAAAGGCCAGAGUUAGUCAGCGUUGCUCCGCUAAUCAAGAAAGAUGAGGGAGCUGAAGCAGAACAGGAGGUUCCCGGGAAAGAUAAGGAGCAAAGGCUAUUUAGUUUGGUCUCUGAAGGCUCAGAAAUCCUCAACAUUGUUGUUCCUCAAAAGCUGGCGACUGUGGAUGAAGAGAAGAGCAAGGGGAUGGUGCACAACCUGUCCUAUUUGGAGGAGUGCUCUUCUUCUAAACCUGCUGGCGACAAAGAAGAGGAGACAUGUGAGCAGGACAGCGAACCAAAGGCAGAUGCUUCAGUGGGAUCAGGUGAACAAGUCCAUCCAACACAGCCCGUUGGUUCAAGUGUCACGGAUCCACCAGGAGCUCCCGUGGCAAGGCCUCCAGGAAUGGAAGCUUUUUGUGAUGUUGAAUACCUUGAAGCAUUCUCCUUGACUGAUGACCAUGCCCCAGGAAGUCCUGCUGUUGUCCCACCUGAGCCUGGGGUUCCUGAGCACAAGACCACCACAGAGAAGCCAGUGCAGUCUGAAGACACCGCAACAGGUGGGGAUGAUAAAAAAACAGAUGCCAUCGGUCCAGGGGCUCUAAACGCUGAGCUUCUGGAUGAAUUGUUUUACCGUAGUACCGACGACUACCUCAUGAGAAGGCACAUGGAAAGGGAGGAUGAACUUGGAGGGAUCAAACCUUCUGCACCUCCUUCCAAACCCAAUGGAUUGACUUUAUUUGGAAGCCAAGAGGACGUCUUGACUCCAGUCUUCUUGCCUGAAGGGCCACCCAAGAUUAUUGACCCAGUUUUGUUAGAGGAACCCAAAACCAUCGGCUUCCUGUAUGACAACCUGUACGGAGAGGCUACUGGAAGUCGAAAAAGGGAAGAUACAGAAAGUGGGGCUUUUGAAAAGUCGUUCUACAGUAGACAUUUGUAUCGGGAAGCCAGGGGCUACCUGGAGAAGUAUGCCCUCAUAGAUGAGACACCUGUGGUGGAGGUGCAACCAGUUCCCGUGGAGGAAUGUGAGGGAUGUCCACUUUUAUCCCAAGAUUUUGCUGAUUUUCCCUCGACAUUGCUCCAGGGUGAAAUGCCAAACUCGGAGGAGAAAAUUACAAAUUUCUUCAGAUCAAGUGCCAGUUCUUCUCCAUGUGACAUCAAGGCUGUCCUUAUUUUGCAAGAAAACGAUAGUCCGUCAACUACGAAAAGCAUCACAGAAACGGGUGCAAAAGACCCCAGAAUCCACCAAAAUCCGCUUUCCGUCUUUGAGACUUCCUCUGAGCCUGACUGGCAAGGGAUGGAUGAUGACAACAUAACUUCGCACAUCGACUCUCUGGUGCAUUUCAAUCAACAGACAUGGCUGCAAGAAUCAGAAGUGGUAAAACCAUGCCCUCCUCCCAGGAGAAAAACUAGAUCCCCCCUGAAGGAGCGUCUGGUCCUAGCACCUCUGACCCCGGCAGAUGAUAGCGAUGCCGGGAAAGAACAGAAAGAGGAAAAGACAGAGGCGGCGGUGUCAGGCGAGACCGGCAAUGAGGGGAGGAGAGAUCGGGAGCUCCAGAUCCCUUCCGAUGUUCCUCUGUUGGGCAACGCAUCUACCAAUGAUGUUUCUGGUGAGAAACCAGCUGAGAAAGAAGACACUGAAGUAGCUUUAACACAAACAGAACCUGAAGCAUCCGAGUCAGAAAAGGUUCAUCUCGAGACACAAAAUCAUUUGACAACUUCACCAAAUAAGCCAGCAAAAACAACUUGUUUAAUUCUUCUCCUCGCAAUGGAACAUGUCUCCUCCAGCCCGCCGCGUUGCUUCUCGGCCUCCCCCGUGAAAGACGACGACUCCCCGGACACUUCCAGCGACGACGACCGCUUGGACGACGCGUUCGGCGACCUGGCGGCGCUGCCGGUCGAGGUUAGCGAGCGAAGACCGAUGUGUUCACGGUGCCGUCGCCCACAGAAGGUGUGUCUGUGCCCCUUUCUACCCGCACAACCCCUGGACGUGUCCACAUGUCUCUACAUCGUACAGCACCCUGCAGAGGAGAGCAGAGUUCUUCGCACGGUGCCUCUUCUCGCCGCAUGUUUGCCACCGGGAAAGUGCAACGUCAUUGUCGGGAGACGCUUUAACGAAGCCAAGAACCCGGAGCUGGCCGAAGUGUGCCGGGACAGCCGGACUCUGAUCCUUUACCCGGGCCCCAACUCCCAGAACCUGGAGGAGUUAGUGCAGCGCCCAGGAGUGGACGCUGUGACGCAUAACAUCAUCCUCAUCGAUGGCACUUGGAGCCAGGCCAAAAACAUUUUCCUCAAAAACAGCAUACUGCAUCUCCCCAAGCAGGUGCAGCUAAACCGAAGUCUGUUGAGCCAGUACGUGAUCCGCACGCAGCCGUCCAACAUCUGCCUGUCCACGCUGGAGUGCGCCGCCGUCGCUCUGUCCAUCCUGGAGUGCAAUGACAUCUUCCAAGAGGUGCUGCUGAGGCCACUGAAGGCCCUGUGUUCCUUCCAGCUGGAGCACGGCGCUCAGGUACACCACAGCAAGGAGCACCUGCUGAAGAACGGCAUGUAUGACAAAACCAUGCCCAAGAACAAGCGCAAGAUCAAGAGGCUGGAGAAGCUCGUGACCGACCGCAACUCCCUACUGAGAUGAUUGCGUAUGAACCAGCGUUGUCGGGCUAACAGACACUUUUUUUGGUGGGGGGUUCAUUUUUGAAGGGACAGUGUCUUUUUUUUUUCUCAAGGAUUUUUUUUUUUUAAUUUGAUGCUGAUUUAUUUAUGGAAAUAAAUCAAUGUUUUAAUAGCCCUUUUAAACAUUCUUGCUUGUAUUUUGUACAACAUACUGGGUGUCUCCAUGGGGUUUAAACUAAAAGUGCAAGGCUGUCAGGCUUUAAGCUGUUAUUUGCUUGCAAAUGUUUAUUGUGACUCCCAGUUGGAGUUUACUGUCAAACAAAACAUUACAAAAAAAAAAGGAUUAAGUUUUGAAUUCAAAACACAUCACUUGACUGCCUGCAAUUUCAAUGCUAAUACACAAUGCAAAACUCUAUAGGCUGACGAACAGCAUCGCGAGUUGCUGUGUUAUAACCCCUUUAAGCAAUGAAUAUUUGAUAACAAACGGUGAAGUAACACAUGUAGACAGACAAUUUAACAAUACUCACAGGCAAAUAUUUUUUUGUCCUUUGCAAAAAAACUAAUAUUACUGCGUCUUACAAAGUCAGUUGUGAAACUCUUUUGUGUUUCUCUGUAUUAUAAUGGCUAAGGCGCACACACCCAAAAGGAGCACAAUGUGUUGGAACAGAUGAAGACCGUAGUGUCGUCACCCACCGUUUUGAUGAACACUGAAAGAGGGGUACAACCACAUACACACAAAAAAAGUGAUUCAUAUUUUGCCCUUAUAAUUUAAUAAGUGACAAUGCUCUUGUAUACAAGUUUUGUGACAAAUGUCAUGUUUAUUUUGUAAAAAGAUUAUUUUAUUGCGUUUGCAGAGGUGUGCCGCUAAACUACAGAAAACAAAGUCUGGAGCGUGACAGGUGAGGGUGGCAUAUUGUCACCAAAUUUGAUGUCGCUAUGCAAUGCAACGCAAUUGACUUAUUUCCAAAAUAUACCAUGUCAGAGACAAUUUCCACAGAGACCUCAUAAUGUGUAUAUUUCAUGUUAAUCUGACAUUAUCAUCAUGACCAGUUAGUGAACUAUAAAGGAAGUACGAUCAGAUUAUUAACAUCAGGUUUUUUUGUG